AUGCCACCAUCAGCCAAUCAACCACUCAUAAAUCGUCUGAAGACUUUAGUCAAGAGCGCACGUUUCUAUUAUUAUUGGGUGUAUCGAGGCGCAGUGCUGAGUUAUAGCGUUGUAGUCUAUAAGUUAUACGGGUUUCCUCACUUGAAUUGGGAUUAUUUUCAACGUAUCAACAGAGAUGAGAAUGUAUUUUACCUCGCGUUAGCGGUAAUUUGGUUCUUCAAUCCGCCAAUUUUUGUCACUCCAAUACCAUAUGCCACAUUCUCCUUGUUUCACUUGAUCACUUACUUCCGCUCUAAUAUCAUUCCGACCUUUGUGCCCGCUGCGGCACCAUCCGCCAUCAAUUCCGACUUGCCUGCUCCCGGAAAUGCAAAAAUAUUUAUUGAAAUUUCAAAAGGAAUCCAGAAUUUGGUUCUGAAAAAUUAUGAGGCUGCUAUGCGAACAGUGAGCUUUGUUGAAGUUGUUGUCAUCACGAUUUCAUUGCUGACGUAUUUUUUGACUUUCAAAAUCAGACUCGCCACACUACUUAUAUACCUAAUAUUCCUUCGAUUCCGAUACCACAUGAACCCCUAUACAAAAGACGCGUUCUCAAACGUCAGGCAACAAUUAGACGUCUGGUUGUUGCCACCGACAGCAGACGCUCGAAUUCCGCCGUAUGUGACAAAAGCUUAUCGACAUUUACAAACGGCGAUCACUUAUUUCGGUCAAUUACAAACUCAACAACCAACACAGAAUAGGGCGAGGUGA